GUUUGGGGGUGAGCUCCUGGGGAGGGAGAGACACCAAUCCCGGCAAAUCAACCUCCUCCCAGGUUUCCACGUUCUCUCUCUUUCUUUCCGCGUCCUGUUAGCCUGCACAGCUUGGCCCCAUGAACCCCUCUGCCUCACUCCAUUCCCUGAUGCUGUUCCUCUCCCAGUCCACAUCACCCCAACAUUCACCAGACUCCCCUUUCUCUGGUGCCAUCUCUCUCACUCCUGCACACCUUCCCCUUGGUACCGCCAUCGAAAAGGUGAUAAAGUUGCGGAAAACUCUGCAAAUAUAAACGAAGUCUGGAAGCAUCUGUUGGGGACAAAAAGAAAACAGACUUAACGUUUCGGGUCGAUGACUUUUCAGCGGGACAGACUGAAACCUUGACUCCUUGUCGAUGCUGCAUGAGGAUCCGUGAAAAGACGUAAAAAAUCCAGUCGCUGUAUGAAAACAUAUGAUCCUGGUCGUUUUCACGUACUUGUUUGUGGGAGCUUGUUGCGUGCAAAUUGACUGCUGUUUCCUUCUCUACAACUGUGGUGGACUUCAGAAAGUACUUCAAUGGUUCUAAUAAACUGAGAUUGUGAAUUGUAUCUUUGCUUUCUCGCCACUUCCAGCAAUUGAAAUAUUGAAGUUCCGCAGUGAACCUGGGACAUGCCAUGAUAGUCAAAUAAAUAGUUGGAUUCCUGGUUACAACAAUAUUUUAUGAAGGUCUUGUUUUUUGGAUUUGGAUGGCUUUUCUUCAUGCGACAGUUAUUCAAGGAUUAUGAGGUCCGACAGUAUGUUGUUCAAAUGGUUUUCUCUGUGAUGUUUGCUUUCUCCUGUACUAUGUUUGAACUUAUUAUCUUUGAGAUUCUCGGUCUUUUAAACAGCAGCUCAAGAUAUUUUCAUUGGAAGUUGAACUUAUAUGUCACCCUAGUGGCACUUAUAUUUAUUGUUCCUUUCUACAUUGGCUAUUUUGUGGUCAGCAACAUUCGACUUUUGCAGAGAAAGAGAUUCCUGUUCGCAUGUGUUAUUUGGUUGGCUUUCAUGUAUUUUUUUUGGAAACUUGGAGAUCCUUUUCCUAUCCUAAGCCCAAAACAUGGCAUUCUAUCAAUUGAACAAUUGAUCAGCAGAGUUGGGGUCAUUGGUGUCACUCUAAUGGCACUGCUGUCAGGCUUUGGCGCAGUAAAUUGUCCGUAUACCUACAUGUCAUACUUUCUGAGAAAUGUGACCGAUAGUGAUAUUCUUGCACUGGAGAGACGAUUGCUGCAGACGAUGGACAUGAUUGUCAGCAAGAAGAAGAGAAUCGCUAUGACCAGGAGAAUGAUGCACCAACGUGGAGAGGUGCUGAAUAAUCCUGCAGGAUUUUGGGGAAUGAUUAAAAGUGUGACAUCAUCAUCUUCCAACAGUGAAAAUCUCUCACUUAUUCAGCAAGAAGUAGAUGCACUGGAGGAAUUGAGCCGACAGUUGUUUCUCGAAACAGUUGAUCUUCAUGCAACUAAGGAAAGAAUUGAAUACUCAAAAACAUUUCAAGGAAAAUAUUUCAAUUUCUUGGGUUACUUUUUCUCGAUAUAUUGUGUCUGGAAGAUCUUCAUGGCAACCAUAAAUAUCGUCUUCGAUCGAGUUGGUAAAACAGACCCGGUCACUCGUGGUAUAGAGAUCACAGUGAACUAUUUAGGCAUUCAGUUUGAUGUGAAGUUUUGGUCUCAACACAUCUCCUUUAUACUUGUGGGAAUUAUUAUUGUCACCUCUAUUCGGGGCCUGUUGAUAACACUCACCAAGUUUUUUUACGCAAUCUCCAGCAAUAAAUCAUCUAAUGUUAUAGUUCUCGUCCUCGCACAGAUUAUGGGGAUGUAUUUUGUGUCAUCGGUGUUGCUGAUGAGAAUGAGCAUGCCCCUGGAAUAUCGCACCAUUGUAACUGAGGUCCUAGGGGAGCUGCAGUUUAAUUUCUACCAUCGCUGGUUUGAUGUCAUCUUCCUGGUCAGUGCACUGUCUAGUAUCGUCUUCCUAUACUUGGCACACAAACAAGCCCCAGAAAAGCAUAUGAGCUUUUAGUCAAACCACUGUCAAUCUGAGCACUCACCUUCUGUGUUCACAUUGUCUUUAUAAACUGCUGGAAUAUAACACCAUCCACGACUUGUACAUUGAAAAGACUUGAGAAAGGACAACUGACUGAGAAGCUCAAGUGCGGAUGUUAAAAGCCUGGCUGGUUGGUGGUUUGAUGUAAAGAAUAUGAAAAAUUUAACUAAUAGAAAGCUUCGUUUGGAUAAGUAUCAGAAACAAAAUCAUUGGUAAAGUUUACAGUUAGGUUUGAACUGAAAGAAUGUAAAUCAGUUCUUGAAGGCUUCCAGUUGAUUUUAGAACAUUUUUUCUAAGACUAAAUGAAAACUUUUAAGGGAUAAAUUUUCCUUUCUUUGUAAUGAGCAAAAGCUAAUGGAAAGCACCUUAUUGUCCCAAUGUGUGCUCCCAGUAAACAAGGCUUCAACUUAAGAAUGUCCAGUUGCAAAAGAAGGCAGUUAUUUCCCAUCAGCUGAUAACCUCAAAGCCUUAGGACCUUGUAUAGGAAUUUGAUUGAUUUCCACUUUAUAAAAAUUCAGAAAGAUUUUUUCCUUGGAAUGAAUUUAGAAAAUGAACUUUAAUGAGACCACCACUGAUCUUGCAAUGUACAUAGCGGUUAGAGUGGUGAUCCAAGCAACAUUGUCGCUUCUGUAUGUAGCCUGUUAGGCAUCUGAUAUGUAGUUUGCAUCAUCCAGAAUAUGCCUCACAUGCUUUCAGUGAAUGAAGUUCUUUGUCAGUUAUGACAUUCAAAUGGUUUUCACAGAAGUAUUGUAAGUACCUACAUUGUAUGUCACCUGAAUCUACCUCACGUGUGCCUGAAUUCUUUGCAAGAUCUAAAAGUGUCCUUUUUGUUUUGAUGCCUGAUCUCCACAGUUUCUUCAUUCUGAUUUCACUGUUUCUUUUAUGGGACGCUUUUGUAUUUUCUUAAUGAUCUUCAAGGGUCCAAUAAAUUAAAUAUUCUUUAUGCAAAA